UAGCUAUGCAAGUUAAUAAUAGUAACAUUUCAGGGGCACGCAUGAGUUUGACUAUGAGCUGACUACGAAGCGAAACCAUCACAGUCCCUCAGUCAUCGUCGCUACUCAAGAUUUGCCAUGGCCAACGACAUAAAUCGUGACCUCUUGAAGACCCCGCAGCAACUAUUUGAUGAAUAAGUCUCGGAUGCGAACAAAAUUCAGGGGUCGCUAUUGCUUGUCGUGUAUGCGCUGAAUCUCAGAACGAAGGAACGAUGUUCAUCAGGUAGCCCAUGUCUCACUGCGGUCUGCGGCCUCCUAAAAAAUCGGCAUAUGCACAAUAUGCAAGCCCUCAGCUGGUCCGAGUUUCCGAGCACUGUUUUAUUCGUUCAGCUAAUUUCCGAGCCAUGAACAAAUAUCAGGAGGAGCAUUUGCGCGGACUGGAGGAACAUAAAAGGACUGAGAUCCCAAAGAUCAAUGCGAUUGUGAACAUUACAAUCAGGACAAUGCACUUUUACGCGGGGGAUUCCCUUAUGCAUGUUUUCAAUGUGGCAAUCGCUACACCAAUCAUCCUUGGCGCAAUCAUAAGUGCUUUGCCCUCAAACACAGGUGCAGCCGCCCUAAAAUGCUUGAAACAACCCGUAACCAUUCAAAUCGUGGCUCAGUCGCACAACCGGACUAUUAGUAGCGAUUCUUUGUGCAAUUCACAGUGCAAUCUGCUGUCCGCGGCGUUCAACAACUACGAAAAGUCAUACUGCUCUUAUCCAGCGCAGACGCCGCCACAGAAAACCGAGACGCACACUUUCACGCCAGCACUAACGACUCCCAAGAACAAAAAUGGCGUUGUUAGUACUCGUGACGCUUCCUGCUCGUGCACCAUAUCUGUUGUUUAUGACCAGCUACGCGUCGAUGGAGGUCAAUUCGGAGUGGACUGCAAACCGAGCGCCCUUGCAGAAAGGCUUCACAACGCAGGAAUGGGGCUCAAGUUCUGGCAAGCCUGGGACAAAGACGCAGCACUACCCCCGGGCGAGAUAUCUAUCAAGACCAGUGUUGUGGGACAUUAUUCUGAGCCAGCAGGAAAUUGCCGAACGAAUUAGUGGGACGCAGCUUGGUCUCAUGGAACUUGCCAAAACCAGCUGCAUGCCUUCGACAUACACGGCAAUGGCAUGUACCCUUCUUCAUCGCAAUGACAUCUCGUUCUUCCAUUGACUUCUUUCUC